CACAAUGGAUCAUGCGAUUACUUGGGUCACAUCGGUCAGCAUCUACGGGUGCCCGCUGGGGUGCCGGUGCGCCAUCUGACACCAAGCCACAAAUUAUGGCCUUCCCGGGUGGUGGUCGCGAGGGUGGCCACCGUGGCGCUUUGUGUGGUUCAACAACGAGAUCCAACAGGUGUAUCACGAUCACCCGCCCGGGUAUAUCCUUUUAUCCCUUUAAUGCGUUCAGGAUUUAACUACCGAUCCGUGGCUCGGUCACAACAUCCACGUCAUGCCAUAUGAAUGUGGCGGCCCUUGGACGGUACGGUGGUCAUACUUGGCCACCCGCCGAUUGCAUGCACAGGUUCCUCUGUCCGAUCAUCCGGUCCGCAUAUGGUGCUUCUCCUCGUCAAAUUCUCAAAAUAUUAUUCCCUUGGACGCUCCUCUGGACGCUUCUCACCGACUGGCGUCGAGCUACAAGCUUGCAUCGACCCUAUGUCUCCCGGUGCACCUGGGUGCAGUAUAUUGAAGCAGGCAAGAAGGAAUGCACCACCGGAAGACACGCGGAGCGAUCCUUUUGGCCGCUUUGGCAAGUGACAUGCCACUGCGUGACUUAUUCCAGCCUUACAAUGUGGCUCGCUUUGACUGUCCACAAAUACUAUCGCUGAGUUUCUCCCGUUUUAUGAGGCGCUAUGGGGCUUAUAAAAAGGGUUCACGGAUUGUCUGCUCUGUUACAACUACAACUCUUCUUUAAUUUUCAUCUGUACAGUUAGUCCAUGUAUCACACAUCCUCCUCCUCCUCCUCGACUUCGAGCCUUUCGUGCACCC